AUGCUUUUCGGAAGGUCACACGCCGGGGAGACUACUGGUCGAACUCACAGCCCUCUACGGCCGCUGAUUUCCCUGAACCAUUUCCUGAUUUUUGCCUCUGCCACAAUAGUGACAGGCAUCACCGCAUACUUUGUCCAUUUGGAGCCUAAGCCGCAUAGUGCGCAUAUUAUCUAUCAGUUGGUCAUCGCUGUCAUCACGCUUAUCCUAUACGCGAUUUCUUCAAUCUUGCCUUUCAUCAAAAGAUAUCGCGGCCAUUUCAUGCCUGUCAAUCUCAUUCUUUCCUAUCUGUGGCUCACCUCGUUCAUCUUCUCAACCCAGGACUGGGCUGGUGGAAGGUGUGUGAGAUAUUCGACAGUCGCAGGCAGGUGUUCGCUAAAAAAGACCAUCAUUGCGUUCGACUUCCUCGCGCUAUUUUUCUUGAUGUGUAAUGUCGUCUGCGAAGGUUUCCUCCUGCGUCAAGAGCGGAUUGGGGCGACUGUAGACCCUGUUGUCGAGCCGAAGCAUCGUCCGGACACGGCAACGACUGCCAAUACUACAAGCGCCGUCUAA